AUGCAAGUCGAAAAGAUGCAUAUUCAAAGAUCAUGUCACCCGCAUCCUUUUUUCAUCUCUGACAUUGCAUUCCAAGCUGUCGGCUUCGGCACCUUUCAAGGUGAUGAUGGCAAUGGAAACGCCAAGGGGGCUGUUCGGCUACACAUGGACACCGCUACUGCUUAUGGAAAUGAGAGGGAGGUCGGCAAAGCUAUCAAGGAGAGCGGGAUACCCCGGGAAGAGAUCAUUGUUAUCACUAAACUAGCUCAGACGUGGCACUGUGUUUCCGACCCAAUUAUCGACUAUGGAAUGUUGAGAGACUGUCCAUCGACCUGGACAGCUAUGGAGAUACUGAUCAAGAAGGGGAAAGCAAGAACGAUUGGGGUCUCCAACUUCAAUAUCCUAAAGCUGAAGAAACUUCUCGAGUAUUUACCCCAAGUUGAGCUUGUGGACUUCUGCAGAAUUAAGGGAAUUCACGUAGUGGCUCACCAGCCACUCGGCGGCAAGCCAGUAGCCGCAGUCAUUCCGAACGCAGACCGACCAGCCCAAACCAUACUAUCCUGGAUCGUCCAACAAAAUAUAUCAGUAAUUCCCCAGACUGUCCAGGAGAGGAGAAUGGUAGAGAACCUCGACUUGAAACAGUUACCUACCGAAGACAUGGCAGCAAUAUCCAAUAUAUCAAAAAAGAAAGGAGAAGUUCGCUACCUCGAUCCAAAACACCACAUUGGCUUCGACAUUUUCGACGAGCAACACGAUCAACCAGUGCAGGAAUGA